AUGAAGACCGAACGUCGUCAUUCAGACGCCUGGACAGCAGUCGCCGUGCACCGACCCGAACAAGUUACCCAUCAUCACUAUGUGACACACGCAAAGUGGUCUCCAGAGUCCCAUGAGGCCAGUCAAAGCGGCACAAAGCGCGGCUGGCCUGUUUUUAGGAAUGAGCACCGGCCUAGUCUAGCACCAGUCUCGACAGAUCAACAACCAUUGAUGAGGUCAGAGACCCUGGGAACAACAGACUCCAGCAAGCCCCCAACCCCAGAGUCGUAUAUUCCGUUUUCCGAGAGAUACGGCCGUUGUCUGGAGAUCCUGCACUAUGGCACCAAUAGCACCGUCCGUCUUCACCAAAUCAAGACUUCUAUCCCUAGCUCGAAAUCAAAACAACUCGUCGCCAUCAAGGUCUACCGAUAUAACAUUCUCGACACAUCAAAUCCGCUCUCUCAAACCUCAUCAUUACAUUGCUCCGUUACCUCCAUCUCCGAUCUACAUCCCGAUCAUCCAAAUAUUCUCCCAAUAACAGACCUCCUCUACAAUGAGCGCUCGGAACUCUGUCUGGUGGUACCAUUCUGUGCAGGUGGCGACCUCCACGAACUUAUUUCCCGCUCAGGAGCACCAAUCCCAACAAACGAAGCAGAUUGCAUUAUGACACAAAUCCUCCGCGCUCUCUCCUUCCUCCACGAACACGAAGUAGCCCACCGUGACAUCCGUCUCGAAACCAUUCUCCUAACAGAACACGGCGCAGUAAAGCUUGCCGGGUUCGGCGACGGACAUAUCCGUCGUCUCUGGACAGAAUGCGCAAGUCCUACAGAACAAGAGGAAUCCUUCCGUCCACGCUCUCAUUCUCACCCUUCAUCCUCGGCACCGUGGUCAUUUUCACUUCCAUGGUUAUUCGGUUCAUCGCGUACAAAUAAUACUACGUUACCACGUAGUUCGGGUGAAGUGGCGAGUUCGACUGCUUCGUUUCCCGGUAUGAGUCUUCCUUAUAUCCCACCAGAAGGGUUUCAGGCUCGGUCUCAUGUUUCAUUACAACGAGAGGAUCAGUCGCAUGAAGAUGAUGACCAUGAUCCCCGUCCUGCUGAUGUUUGGGCUACGGCUAUUAUCUACUUGACUAUGGUUAUGGGACGUUUGAUUUGGCGGAGUGCGAGGCCCCAUCGGGAGGAUCCACGGUACUUGGAGUAUCUCCACUGUCGUCGUUCGGAGGAUGGGUAUCCGCCUAUUGAAGCGCUUGGAAUGGUAUGUUUUUUUCACUUCAUCUUAUCAUGA